AUGGUGAAUUAUGAUGAUGUAACUCAGACGUUGUUGAUAGACCGUAUAAAAAUACAAUAUGACUCAAAUAGCCAUUGGCAUAAAUAUUUAAAAUAUAGUUUAAGGAACCCUCAUUCUUUUGAUUAUCCUGAUAAAUUAUAUAUUGGAAAUUGCAACAACAAUGAUUUCGACUACUUCAACUCAGUCUUCUUGUCAAAAGGAUAUAAAUUAAGAAACAUUGAAAAGGUUGACAAUGAUGACAGUAAGGGGGGAGCUAAAAAGUACUUGCUCGAAAUUGAAAUGCCGGAAGAAAAAGAACUUAUGAAAACCGAAGAAAUGCUAAUUCGAAAAAUUGUGCACUUGUUUAAAGAGUGUAUGUAUUAUUUUAUGUGUUUUAAUGAAAAAGAUGGACAAAUAUUAGAAAAAUAUAAAAAUCAAAAUAAUCGGGAUAUUAAAGAUAAUAGUGAAUAUGAACUUUUUAAAAGUCUAAACGAUUGUAUAAUACAGUUACAUGAUUCAAGAAUAAAAAAAAAUCAAGCAUUAAUUAUGACUAAUGAGUUUAGUGGUAUUUUUACACCCGAAUAUGUCAAAUUAACUAAAUAUAGUGAUAGUUUUUUAAAAUUAUUAAAAGAAAAUAAUAUAAAAUAUUAUGAUUUAUUUUAUGAAGAAAUGCAAAAUAAUGAUACAUAUAAAAAAAAAAAACAACAUUAUGAAAAUUUAAAAAAUUCAUCUUUUGUACCUUUAACAAAAGGAGAAAUAUCUUUAGCCUCUAAAAAUAAUGUAGCAGAAAAUAAUCAGCUUCAAAACUUAACUAAUAAAUCCACAUAUCGAGAUAAAGGAGGGAAAGACAAAAAAAAAAAAAAAAAAAAAAAAAAGAAAACAUCAAGAUGA